CCUGCGAGCGUAGGGUGUCUCGAGGUGGCCGGGUGCCCGCGCUGAAGAGCGCGGGGGUUUGUGGCCUGCGUUCGGCAGGCUCCAGUCGCCCACUAUCCGAGGCAGCGAAGCGCAGCGAUCCGUCUCCCCGCGCCCUGGGCAGUGUGGCCAUGGAGAACCAGGUGCUGACGCCGCACGUCUACUGGGCUCAGCGACACCGCGAGCUGUAUCUGCGCGUGGAGCUGAGUGACGUGCAGAAUCCUGGCAUCAGCAUCACUGAAAAUGUGCUGCAUUUCAAAGCUCAGGGACAUGGUGCCAAAGGAGACAACGUCUAUGAAUUUCACUUGGAGUUCUUAGACCUUGUGAAACCAGAGCCGGUUUACAAACUGACCCAGAGGCAGGUAAACAUUACAGUACAGAAGAAGGUGAGUCAGUGGUGGGAGAGACUCACUAAGCAGGAGAAGCGCCCACUGUUUUUGGCCCCUGACUUUGAUCGCUGGCUGGACGAGUCUGAUGCAGAAAUGGAGCUCAGAGCCAAGGAAGAAGAACGCCUAAAUAAACUAAGAAUUGAAAGCCAAGGCUCCCCUGAAACUCUUACAAGCUUGAAGAAAGGAUACCUGUUCAUGUAUAAUCUCGUGCAGUUCUUGGGAUUCUCCUGGAUCUUUGUCAACAUGACUGUGCGGUUCUUUAUUUUGGGAAAAGAGUCCUUCCAUGACACAUUCCACACCCUGGCCGACAUGAUGUAUUUCUGCCAGAUGCUGUCAGUUGUGGAAACCAUCAACGCGGCAAUUGGUGUCACUAAGUCACCAGUGACGCCUUCUCUUAUCCAGCUUUGUGGAAGAAAUUUCAUUUUGUUUAUCAUCUUUGGCACCAUGGAAGAAAUGCAAAACAAAGCUGUGGUUUUCUUUGUGUUUUAUUCGUGGAGCGCAAUUGAAAUUUUCAGGUACCCCUUCUACAUGCUUUCCUGCAUUGACAUGGAUUGGAAGGUGCUCACAUGGCUUCGUUACACUGUGUGGAUUCCCUUUUAUCCUCUGGGAUGUUUGGCAGAAGCUGUCUCAGUGAUCCAGUCCAUUCCAGUAUUCAACGAAACAGGAAGAUUCAGUUUCACGUUGCCAUAUCCAGUGAAAAUCAAAGUUAGAUUUUCCUUUUUUCUUCAGAUUUAUCUUAUAAUAUUAUUUUUAGGGUUGUACGUAAAUUUCCGUCACCUUUAUAAACAGCGCAGGCGGCGCUAUGGACAAAAAAAGAAAAAGGUCCACUAAAAAGAUUUAGAUGACAUCUUGCCAGUUUGAGCCUAAUCUAUAAUUCUUACAGUUUUACCUUCUUGUACUGAUGUAAAAGUUUUUUUUAAAGUUAAAUGAUUAAAUUCUCAGGCUAUAUUCCCUUUCCCCCCAGUAACAUUCCUGAAUUUACAGAAUUAUCUUAGCGUAGUACUUGCAUGACAUGGAUUCCUGAUAUCUGAUGACAGGUUUGUUCUCGUGUGUUCCAUUAACAACAGCAAGAGACUCAGCCCUACCCCCAUGCACUCCUUGUCCAGUUGCUCUCACACGGGCCAGAGGUCCUGCUUCAGUGCCCUAACCGUACCAGGUACCGGCCAUUCUUACAGUUGGCACUGUUUAUUUCAGCUGUUGCUCGGGGAAAAAAAAGCACUGUUGCCUCUGCAGGAGGCUGUGAAAGUGAUUUAGGCAGGACCUUACACCUUCUGUACCCAAGGGGUUGUCUGUUAAGUGGGGUGGCAUUGAUAAAACAUUUCUGAGUCUGAGUGGGGCUAGAGAACACCUAGUACCUCUGAGCGUCUUUUGGCUUCUACCACCACCUGUCACAACAGUCCUUACCUGUGUGCACACAGAGGAGGCACAGAAUGACCUGGGAGAAACCAGUCAGAACCUUGGAACACCACGGUCACUUACUUCAUUUCUAGCUAAAUCAGAACGACCUUCAACACUAAAGAAAGAUGAAACAUUAGUUUAGAAAACCGUGAGAUUUUAAGAGUUCCAACCCCAGAUGGCUACAGGUGUCAGAAGGGUCAAACCGGCAGUAAGACAGCUGCUGGAGUGUGGCCUGCGGCAACCCCAAGCAGAUGCAACACGCCUGCAGACCAGGCCUAGGCUGUGCACAUACAUCAAACGGCUUUCUUCCUCUGCGCUGGCCGAGUCCAUUUCCUUGUAACCUGUCAGUGACUGGCGGAACUGACCUCAGAAACGCCUGCCUUUGUUCUCCUGUUGUUUCCCUGGUCUGCUCUCGGAGAGGGAAAACAGUGAGAACUUUGGCGGGAGAAGCUUAAUAAAAGCUUCCUGGCGGGAAACCCACCCACAGAGGAACUGAGAAAAAUGUAGACAUUGUGAAGUUUGGCUAUUGUCAAAAAUAUUGUUUCCUCUAAAACAUUCCAAGUUAAGCCAGUAAAAUAUGUGUUAGAAGUAAUGCUUGUGUAAAAGAAUUUAAGAGCAUGGUAGUUCUGUUCUGCCAUUCCUGUUGUUCUUGGGGGAGAGGAGACACCAUGAGCUACGCUGUUUCUCUGAGCCCGAUACAGAAACUUGGUUUGACUUAAAACAUCGGAUUAGCAUAGGCUGGCUGAUUUUUUUUUUUUUUUUUUUUUACAAGUUCAUUGCACUGAAGGGUAUCUUGCAUGUCUGUAACUUCUGUCAACACUUGUUUGUGUUAACUUCUGAUGUUCUUUCACCUGACUUUGUUUAUUUGGACAGAUGAGCUUUGCAGUAUAUGCUGCAUCUUUGUGGCAGAUUCCUGUAUUCUUAGUGAUUGUUAUCAACUAUUGCUGAGAAAGCAAAACAUUGUGUAUUUCUAUUAAACAUUUACAAUCAAAA